AUGGCUACUUCUUCUUCUUCUUCUUCUUCUGGCCUUCGUUGGAAAUACGAUGUCUUCAUCAAUUUCAGAGGGGAAGACACUCGCAGGGGCUUCGUCAGCCAUCUAUACAGAGCUCUGCGUCAGAAACCACUCAACACCUUCAUUGAUACCGAAGAUCUCAGAAAAGGCGACCGCCUUUCCGAGCUCCUGACAGCGAUUCGAGAGUCAAGGCUUUCGAUUGUAGUUUUCUCUCAAAACUAUGCUUCUUCCACUUGGUGCUUGAAGGAACUCGUUGAAAUUUUGGAAUGCAACGAUAACAAGAACCAAAUUGUGGUCCCCAUUUUCUACGAAGUCGAUCCAUCCGAUAUUCGUAAACUCAAAGAAAGUUUCGCCGAAGCUUUUGAUCGGCAUGAAGGCCAUUCCAACGCCAACAUGGAGGAGGUGCGGAGCUGGAGGUCCACCCUUACUCGAGCCACCAAUUUAUCCGGCUGGGAUUCGCGAAACUAUGAGGAUGAUGCAAAGCUUAUUGAGGAAAUUGUAGAAGAUGUUUAUAGGAAAUUGAUCCUCAUCUCAUCAACUUCAAGCAAAGAUAAUCCUUUGAUUGAAAUGGAUUCUCAUAUGCAUGAAAUGCAUUUAUUAUUACAUCCUCCUGGAGUUGACACGAAUAAUGUUCGUGUUGUUGGAAUAUGGGGUAUGGGUGGUUUAGGCAAAACAACCAUCGCUAGAGCUGUUUAUGAUGAAAUCGCUUGUCAGUUUGAAGCUUGUUGCUUUCUUGAAAAUGUCAAGGAAGGUUUCAAGAAGCAUGGCGAACUCGAUGUGCAAACACAACUUCUAUCUAGUAUCUCGAGCAACAAGGUAGGGAGUUCGGACAUAUCAAAUAAAGGUUUCCAGGUGAUGUCAAAAAGCCUUGGCCAGAGAAAAGUUCUUGUUGUUGUUGACGAUGUGGACAAAUUAGCUCAAAUUGAAGCCUUACUCGGAAAGCGGCAUUCUUUUGGUGAUGGAAGUAGAAUCAUUAUAACAACUAGGGAUGCACAAUUACUAAGUGGAGCUGAUGCGAUAUAUAGGCCCAAGAUUUUUAGUGAUCGUGGAGCUCUGGAACUCUUUAGGCAGUACGCCUUUAAAACAAACCAACCCACCAGAGAUUAUGACGAUCUUUCGAGGCUUUUCACACAAUAUGCUCAAGGUCUGCCUUUAGUACUCUCAGUCUUGGGAGCUUUUCUUGAUAACAAAACUGUACACGAGUGGGAACAUGUGUUAAAAAAAAUAAGGGAAAUCCCACAAAGGGGAAUUUAUGAUGUGCUUAAAACAAGCUUCGAUGGACUAGAUGACACAGAGAAGGACAUCUUUCUAGAUAUUGCAUGUUUCUUUAAAGGGAUGAAGAAAAACUAUGCAACCGAAAUUCUGGACGGUUGUGGUUUCUAUCCUCAUACAGGAAUAAGAGUUCUAAUCGAUCGAGCACUCAUAACUGUCUCAGGGGAGGGGGAACUGGUGAUGCAUGAUUCACUAGAGGAAAUGGGCCGGGAAAUCGUCCGCCAAGAAUCUAUCAGAGAGCCUGGGAGACGAAGUAGAUUGUGGAGCUAUGAAGAUGUUCAUCCUGUGCUAACUCAAAAUACGGCUACAAAAGCAGUUGAAGGCAUAAUCCUGGAUUUGUCGUGCUCAGAUUGGGUAUGCUUAAAUGCUGAAGCUUUUGAUAGUAUGACUCAACUAAGACUUCUCAAGAUCAGUCACUCUAUUUUUGAACAUGAUUACUGCAAACACCACCUGAUUGGGCACUUCAAGUUACUUGAGUUGAGGUAUCUCUCCUGGCUUGGAUGCCCUCUUAAGUCUUUGCAAUCCACCUUUCAUUUCAAAAAUCUUGUUGCACUUGAUAUGCAAUAUAGUCUCAUUGACCGACUUUGGGAAGGAACCCAGAAGCUGGCAAAGUUGAAGUUCAUCGAUUUAAGUUACUGUCAACACCUUAAGGAAACCCCUGACUUCACAGAGAUGCCCAAUCUUGAGAACCUAAUUCUUCGAGAUUGUAUAAGUUUAGUUGAGGUUCACCCAUCUAUUUCAACCCUUACAAACCUUGUGUUAUUGAAUCUUUUUGGGUGCAAAAAACUUAAGAUUCUAGCCAGCAUCAUGCGUAUGAAAUCUCUCAAAACCCUUGAUCUUUCUGGUUGCUCGAGUCUUGAGAUGUUUCCAGAGAUUUCAGAAGUUAUGGAGAAACUAUCAUGGCUUAGUUUGUCCGGGUCAAAAAUUAAAGAACUGCCCUCGUCAAUUAAUAAUCUCUCGGGGUUGAGUGAUUUGUCCCUAGUAGAUUGCAAGGAACUUAAGAGUCUUCCAAGUAGCAUUCGUAUGAAAUGUCUCAAAACCCUUAAUCUUUCCGGCUGCUUGAGUCUUGAGAUAUUUCCAGAGAUUUCAGAAGUUAUGGAGGAACUAUCAUGGCUUGAUUUGUCCAGGUCAAAAAUUAAAGAAUUGCCCUCGUUAAUUAAUAAUCUCACGGGGUUGAGUGAUUUGGUCCUAGUAGAUUGCAAGGAACUUAAGAGUCUUCCAAGCAGCAUUCCUAUGAAAUGUCUCAAAACCCUUAAUCUUUCCGGCUGCUCGAGUCUUGAGAUGUUUCCAGAGAUUUCAGAAGUUAUGGAGAAACUAUCAUGGCUUAAUUUGUCCGGGUCAAAAAUUAAAGAACUGCCCUCGUCAAUUAAUAAUCUCACGGGGUUGAAUCAUUUGGUCCUAGAAGAUUGCAAGGAACUUCAGAGUCUUCCAUACAACAUUCGUAUGAAGUCUCUCAAUACCCUUAAUCUUUCCAGCUGCUCGAGUCUUGAGAUGUUUCCAGAGAUUUCAGAAGUUAUGGAGAAACUAUCAUGGGUUAAUUUUUCCGGGUCAAAAAUUAAAGAACUGCCCUCGUCAAUUAAUAAUCUCACGGGGUUGAAUCAUUUGGUCCUAGAAGAUUGCAAGGAACUUCAGAGUCUUCCAAGCAGCAUUCGUAUGAAAUCUCUCAGUACCCUUAAUCUUUCCGGCUGCUCGAGUCUUGAGAUGUUUCCAGAGAUUUCAGAAGUUAUGGAGAAACUAUCAUGGCUUAAUUUGUCCGGGUCACAAAUUAAAGAACUACCCUCGUCAAUUAAUAAUCUCACGGGGUUGAAUCAUUUGGUCUUAGAAGAUUGCAAGGAACUUAAGAGUCUUCCAAGCAGCAUUCGUAUGAAAUCUCUCGAUACCCUUAAUCUUUCCGGCUGCUCGAGUCUUGAGAUGUUUCCAGAGAUUUCAGAAGUUAUGGAGAAACUAUCAUGGCUUAAUUUGUCCGGGUCAAAAAUUAAAGAACUGCCCUCGUCAAUUAAUAAUCUCACGGGGUUGAAUCAUUUGGUCCUAGAAGAUUGCAAGGAACUGAAGAGUCUUCCCAGCACCAUUCCUAUGAAAUCUCUCAAUACCCUUAAUCUUUCUGGCUGCUCGAGUCUUGAGAUGUUUCCAGAGAUUUCAGAAGUUAUGGAGAAACUAUCAUGGCUUAAUUUGUCCGGGUCAAAAAUUAAAGAACUGCCAUCGUCAAUUAAUAAUCUCACGGGGUUGAAUCAUUUGGUCCUAGAAGAUUGCAAGGAACUUAAGAGUCUUCCAAGCAGCAUUCGUAUGAAAUCUCUCAAUACCCUUAAUCUUUCCGGCUGCUCGAGUCUUGAGAUAUUUCCAGAGAUUUCAGAAGUUAUGGAGAAACUAUCAUGGUUCAAUUUGUCCGGGUCAAAAAUUAAAGAACUGCCCUCGUCAAUUAAUAAUCUCACGGGGUUGAAUCAUUUGGUCCUAGUAGAUUGCAAGGAACUUAAGAGUUUUCCAAGCAGCAUUCGUAUGAAAUCUCUCAAUACCCUUAAUCUUUCCGGCUGCUCGAGUCUUGAGACGUUUCCAGAUAUUUCAGAAGUUAUGGAGAAACUAUCAUGGCUUAAUUUGUCCGGGUCAAAAAUUAAAGAACUGCCCUCGUCAAUUAAUAAUCUCACGGGGUUGAAUCAUUUGGUCCUAGUAGAUUGCAAGGAACUGAAGAGUCUUCCGAGCAGUAUUCGUAUGAAAUUUCUCAAUACCCUUAAUCUUUCCGGCUGCUCGAGUCUUGAGAUGUUUCCAGAGAUUUCAGAAGUUAUGGAGAAACUAUCAUGGCUUAAUUUGUCCGGGUCAAAAAUUAAAGAACUGCCCUCGUCAAUUAAUAAUCUCACGGGGUUGAAUCAUUUGGUCCUAGUAGAUUGCAAAGAACUUAAGAAUCUUCCAAGUAGCAUUGGGUUUUGGGUAAAACCCAAAACAGAGCCGUUGUGAAAAUUUGACGCGUGUACAACCCCAAUUUCCAGGGGUUUUGGGUGCACUCUGCUGAUAAACACAUGGAUACGAAGCUCUGUUUUGAAGCAAUCAGUUGGUCACUACGCCACAUGCGGCGGCCUUCAAUUGGUUAUUGUGAUUAUGUCGCGAGGGAGAGAUUUGUGCCUGUGCAGAAACUGUGAAGCUAUUGCUGUCUAUGUCAAUUCCCGUUGCUAACUUGCUAAUGCCACCGGUGCUCCUCCAAUUUGGAUGAAAGGAACUUCGGAUUGCAGCGUUGUUGCUGGGAAGAUUGUGAUUUGUGACAGUGGUAUUAGGCCUAGAGUGCAGGAGUGGUAUUAGGACAUGAGGUGAAAGAUGCAGGAGCCAUUGUUUCGCAGUUCAAAGGUGCUUAGUGAAAGUCGAUAUAAUGCUGGCGUCGACUCCGAUAUUCGAAAACAGGAAGUUUUGCAGAAGCCUUGAACGUCGUUAUAAUGCUGGCGUGAAGGAGGUGCAGGUUGCUUAAUAAUCUAGAACAGUCAUCAUGGCGUGAAGGAGGCACAAAAUAAUCUAGAACAGUCAUCAUGGCUGGACCAUAUACCAACAACAUCUUCCUAUAGAAACGCUUUUGAUUCCGACUCCAACAAAGCAAAUGAGUCUCCUUUAUACUUUGUGCGGGUUGCUUAAUCGUUUAAUGCUUUUGCCUGAUCAGAGGAAUGUAGGAACGCUUUUGAUUCCGAGAUUAAAAGGUACCUACUUUUGUUCAAACGGGACUGAUGGUAUUGCCCAUUUCACAUUUCACAUGAUUUUCAUCCCUCCCGUACUCCAACCACUUCACAUGAUUCACCCGCCCUCGUCCUCUUCCUCUCCACGUCCUCUCCCUCAACCUCACCGCCGCUCCCGGCCACGACUCAAGCUUCCUGGUGGUGCCGGACUCGACAGCUUUCUGGGGGAUCGGUUUUGAUGGCGAUUCGGCAUAGCAGUUAAUGCAAUGGAUGUCAAAUCAGAACACCAUGAUUCUCCCAACAUAGGCUUCAUGGGGGACUUGAAUUGAAUUCACAGUCAGCCACUGCCUCACAAAUCGGCUUGGCUUUCGCAGAUAGCACAACCACCAACAGCGGACGGGAGUAACUGGGAAAGCGGAGAAGGAGGACUUGAACGAGAGAGAGAGAGAGCAGGUCGUAUCUGAGAUUUUGGGGCCUAUACGAAAUUUAUAAAUGGCCCUUCUCAAGACAGUCGUAAAAAAAAGGUGCUUCUUUGAAUUUGUGCAUUUCACGGUUAGAUACAAUAAAUGAUGGAGUUUUAACGAAAAAUCCGCAGGACUGUUCGUUUUAACAAAAAAUUGUAUUUUUACACUAAAAAGUUAAUUCUGAUACUAUUCACUUUACGCUUUAUAUUGUCUUUAUCGUUAAAACUCAAAAUUUUUAGAUCAUUUUCAUUAGUUUUCCUUAAAUAAUAAGGGUCUUCUAUCUUGUUAUAUACAUGGCAAUGUGGCCAACUUGCUUCUCCAAAUGACAAAAAGAAGUUUGCGGAUUUGGCAACUGCAUUUUCGCUUCGUUAAUGAAUUCAAUGGUAGACAUGGUCGGCUGAGCAAGAGUGUCUUCCAAAUUCAAUUUCUUCUCUUGAGCCAUGAAACCUGGGGGAGACUUUUGCACAUUCUGAAUAUUGUUUCAUGACAAAUUGAGGUGCCUCCUCCAUUCCUGAUUAUAAGUGUUAGAGUAUGGAUCAUUACCAGAACGCGUUACAUAUAUAAGCAUUCACCAUGUUUGCUUGUUCUUGCAUGAACUCUAGAAAAUGGACUCCUUAAGGAUAAGAGAUGGUGGGAUGACCAGGAACUGUAGAUAUGGAGCAUAUCUUUUGUGUUGCUAUUCUCCCAUUCAAGACUAACAACUUGCUUGUAAUAGCGCCAAUUUGCGCCUUUGAAGCAGAAGCGUUGUAAUUACCAAGUUCAAAUAAUCCGGCCAUUAAUCUUCAAGAAAUAGUGGGAAAAAGAAAGAGUGAACGCACCAAACUGUUUUUUUGUUUGUCAAAACAUAAAUUUUGUUAGAUUAGAUAUUAGACUAGUCAUUAAUGGAGUUUAAACUCACGUCAUCAUGUAAAAGCUUACUCUUUUUCACCACUAUUGUAAAAGGCCAUUCGCUGUGAAUGCAUCAAACUAAAAUAAAUAAAAGAUAAAAAAGAACCAAAAAAAAAAGGAGAAAAAUCACAAAAAUAAUUUAAAUUAAACUUGAUCCGAUGCUUUGGAAUGCAAUAUAUCCCCGUGUAUGUAUCUUAGGCGCACAAGUAACGUGCUACGGAAGUUUAUACUCAAAAGUUUCUCCCAUGCGCAAUGUCCCAAAUUGUGAAAUUGACCUACAGCAGGCCCCAUUAACCUUUGGGCUAAUAUGAAUCAUCUUAAGGGCCUAACUUUCCGACCCACUAGAGUGCAACCAAAGCCCAUCAUCCAACAAUACGAAUUUACUUUU